CGCGUGCAGUAGCUAGGAAAGCAGUAGCUCCACUCCAUGGCCCGUACGCUUACUAAAGAUAAUAACUAGGGAAUUAGUCAGUCGUUCGUAGAGUGUCGAGUCGAGUCGUUCGUCGUCACUCGGUCAGUGAUUAAGUCAGUUAUUCAGUCAUUUCGGUCUAUCGGUUAUACGAGUUUACUUCCAUUUUCAGAAUAUCGGUUUAUUCGUAGUUAUUCGGUCGAACAUUUGAGGGAUUUAUUAUAAUGAUGGGAGCGCGCGCUCGUUGCUCCUCUCCCACUCCGGCAGCAGGCGGCAGGAUGCCAAAAUAUUUAUAAAGGGCCCAGGCAGCAGCAGCAACUAGUUAAUAAGAAGUCGAAGCACGAACAAAAAGGCAAAAGAGCGCACCAAAAGAAGAGAGCAUCCAAGCAAAGAAAGCGAGGAAGCGCAAAGGAAAGAAGAGACGAGGAACAAGACCAGGGCUAGGAGCCUAAAGUGGAGUGAAGAGACGCAUAGGCUACAGGCGACACUUUCACCGUUUUACCGUUGUACCGUUUUACCGUUCAUCGCACAUCCCAUCCACAUUCCUGGCUGCUGUUUCGGUAGCUGUUGCUGCUGUGCUGCUGCUUCUGCUUCUUCCUCUGCUUCUGCUUAUAUUCCGUUACACGCGCAAAAACAAACAGCCACUUUUUCGAAAUACAUUUUACGCGCGCGCGUGUGCUUGUGUGAGGCGUGAGACGCAGCCAAGCAGGAGAGGCGCAGGAAAAUAGACAGCGAGAGAGGGAGAGAGAGAGAGAGAGAGAGAGAGCGCGGAGCAAAAAGCUUUGGGCAAUCUGCCCGCACGACUAGGUAGGCCGCUGUAAGCGCCAAAAAACACACGCCCACACACUCGCCGAAAUUCCACAGGAAGAAGCACUCGAAAAUGGUGCAAACCAAUGCAGAUGGCUGCGAGUACAAGGAGCGUUUGAUAGCCAGCGUCAAGAAGGAGGUGAAGCAACUGAUGGAGGAGGCGGUGACCAAGAAGUACGUCCACGAGGAGAGCAGCUCAGUGACGUCGCUGUGUGGUGCGGUGGAGGCUUGCCUCAGCCAAGGGCUGCGUCGCCGCGCCCUGGGCCUGUUCAAGACCUCCUCGACGACGGCGCUGCUGCACAAGAUCGCCAAGAGCUGCCCCGAGGCGGAGCACAUCAGCAAGCUGGUGCAGGAGAUUGAGGCCAUGGAUCCGAACAAGCGUUCAUCCUCCAGCAGCGACAGCUUCCAGCGUCCGCCCAUGCUGAAGAAGAGCAGCAGCAACUCAAUGCAGUCAGCGAGCAGCAGCAGCAAUGCCCUCGCCCUGGCAUCCACAUCCUCUGCCGCCUCCGGCUCCGUCUCCGUUUCCGUCUCCGUCUCGCUGGCCAGUGCCAGCAGCUCGAGCAUUGCGCUGGCCAGCAUGAAGUAUUUGUGGAUCCGUUUGGCCCUCUACGAGAAGCGGCUGACCAAGAUCAUUGAGUAUUUGGUGAGCAAUGCCAGCAGCUUCUACGAUCGCGACUCCCUGGUGGCCGACUCCGACUAUGGCUCGAUACUCAGCUCCCUGCUGGUGGGGCCCUGCGCCCUCGACUUUACGCGUGCCAAGACAGCCGAUCAUUAUUGGACAGAUCCGCAUGCGGAUGAGCUGGUGCAACGACAUCGAAUCAGCUCGGGUCGUCGCUCCUCGUCGACCUGCUCGCGGCCGGCGAUCAUUAACUUCAAGCGCAGCCUCAACACCAGCUCCGAUGAGGCCAGCACCGGUUCGUUCAAGUCCAUGGCAUCGGCCAGCGUGGCCAAGGACUACGUGGAGUCGCUGCACCAGAAUGCGAAGGCAACGCUGCUCUAUGGCAAGAACAAUGUGCAUGUCCUGCCCAAGGAUGUGGCUGAGCCGAUGGCCGGCUACCUGAGUCUGCAUCAGCACAUCCAAACGCUGACCAUCAAGUGGACACCCAAUCAGCUGAUGAACGGCUACAAUGAGGCGGAUGAGGGCGAGGGCGAGGACAUUGACAAGGAGGCCUUCUGGGCGUAUGCCCUCAACAUAAAUGUCGACGAAAUUGUCUACGUGCAUUGCCAUCAGAGCAGGGGCGAGGAUAGCGGCGGCACCGUCAUACUGGUGGGCCAGGAUGGGGUACAACGUCCGCCCAUACACUUCCCGGAGGGUGGACACAUGCAGCAGUUUCUCAGCUGCCUGGAGACGGGCCUGCUGCCGCACGGACAGCUGGAUCCGCCGCUCUGGUCACAGCGCGGCAUUGGCAAAAUGUUCCUCUGGCCGAAGAGCAUGCGACGGCGCAUUCUGCCCUCCGUUAUGGAGUCUGUCGAUGAGACGCCCAUCGAUUAUGUCUUUCGUAUUGUCAGCAAGAGCAGGCACGAGGAGUUUGCUGCCACACACUCGAUAUUGGACUUUGUGCGGAGCACACCGCGUCGCGCACAGCUCAGCAGCUGCUCCACCACCGGCAGCAGUGACUGCUCGAACAAGAGUCUCUCCAUCGAUCAGUAUCCGCUGGAGUCGCCGCUGCUGCUGCAGCAUCAGCACGCACAGAACACCAGCAUCGAGAUGGUGUGCUCCACCAUGCGUCGCCAGAUCAUCUCGCGGGCCUUCUACGGCUGGCUGGCCUACUGUCGGCAUCUAUCCACAGUGCGAACGCAUCUCUCGGGCCUGGUGCAUGGCCGAAUCACGCCAGAGAUGAAAGCCGAUGAGGAGGGACUGACAAGGGAGCGCUGGCAGUUGCUCAAUGUGGACGGUGUGCUGGAGAAUGCCACAGAGUUUUAUCGUUUGGUGUACUUUGGCGGCGUGCAGCCCGAGCUGCGGCAGGAGGUGUGGCCCUAUCUGCUGGGCCACUAUGCCUUUGGGUCCAGCUUGGAGGAGCGCAAGAGGCAGGACGAGACGUGCAAGCAUUACUACGAGACAACGAUGAGCGAGUGGCUGGCCGUCGAUGCCAUUGUGCAGCAGCGGGAGAAGGAGAAGACCGCCCGAGCGGUGGCCAAGCUCAGUUCCAGUGGCAGCAACAGCGGCAACGAACGAACGGUCCGUGCCGCUGACCUCGAUGCGGGCGGGGAGCUGGAGAACGAAGUGUUUGAGGACAUCUCGGACAUAUCCGAUCCGGGUGAUCUCGAGUUUGAUGAUGAGCAGCGACAGCAGCAGCAGCAGCAACAGGGCCAAGUGCAGCAGCAAAAACAGAAGCAACAGCAGCAACAGCAGGAGGAAGUGCCCGUUAGUGGCAUGCAUUUGUGCGUGAAGCCCAUUCCGAGGGCCAUGAAGACCAGCACCGACUCGGGCCAUGUGGACGAGGGCGAGAACUUCAACGAGCUGGACGAGGAGCAGGAGCAGGAGCAGCAGGAGAAGAUCAAUGCGGAGCCACCACCAACCAUGGCCAGCUGCUCCGCCUCGACAGCCUCCUCCUACGAGACGGUGGGUGUCGGCGGUGCCGGCCAUCAGGCCACCAGUGACAGUCGCAGCCGCAGCGUCCUCAGUCCGGAGUACCUCAGCGCCGAAGAUCUGCAGCUGCCCGAGGACAACGACGAGGAGGAGGUCAAACCCCCACAGCAGCAGCAGCAGCAGCAGCAGCAGGCAGCUGUUAUCAUUACCAAUGCCUCGGUGGAUAUUGCCAACUGGGAGCGAAGUCCCAAAUCGGGCAACAGUCAGCAAAUGUCACCCGUGCAGGAGCAAACGCCGGUCCUGGAUGCCCUCCAGCAGCCAAAGUCAGCAUGCGCCUCACCAGCCAGCUCCAACGGUGGGGUUUACAGUAGCGAGCUGCUCGAACAAUUUGGCCUCAAUCUGCAUCGAAUCGAGAAGGAUGUGCAGCGCUGCGAUCGCAAUUAUUGGUACUUUGCCAACGAGAAUCUGGACAAGUUGCGCAACGUGAUAUCCACGUAUGUGUGGGAGCAUCUGGAUGUGGGCUACAUGCAGGGCAUGUGCGACCUGGUGGCCCCCCUGCUGGUCAUCUUCGAUGACGAAUCGCUCAGCUACAGCUGCUUCUGCAAGCUCAUGGAGCGCAUGAUCGAGAAUUUUCCCAGCGGCGGUGCCAUGGAUAUGCACUUUGCCAACAUGCGUUCCCUCAUACAAAUCCUCGACUCGGAGAUGUAUGACCUGAUGGACUCGAACGGGGACUACACACACUUUUACUUCUGCUAUCGCUGGUUCCUCUUGGACUUUAAGCGGGAGCUCGUCUACGACGAUGUCUUUGCCACCUGGGAGGUCAUCUGGGCGGCCAAGCAUAUAGCUUCUGGUCAUUUUGUGCUCUUUCUGGCGCUGGCACUGCUCGAGACGUAUCGCGACAUUAUACUGUCCAACAGCAUGGACUUUACCGAUGUCAUCAAGUUCUUCAAUGAAAUGGCUGAACGUCACAAUGCUCAGGCAGUGCUCCAGCUGGCUCGGAGUCUGGUGCUGCAGCUGCAAAUGAUCAUCGAGAACAAGUAGAGAGCAACAAAAUAUGAAUAAAUAAUUGUAGGUACAUCAAUAUUAGAGCCCAUACUUAUAGUGAAUUAAAUUUUAGAUCGUAGUAUUCCAGAUUGUCAGUCAGAAAUCGUUGGCCAAAAAGCAUAGAGAAAAAGAAACAGCAAAAGCAAAAUCAACAAUAAAUAGUGUGCAUAGGAAAUACUUUUGUUUACUCACUCGAUGUCUUCUUUAUGCAACAUGCAACAUGCAACAAGCGAUUCUAAAUGUAAAUGUAACUGUAACUGUAAGAUGUUCUUCCUAAAACAUUUCACACGCAUAUCCCCCAAGCAAACAAACAAGAAAACGGAAACCAAAACCAAAAACAAAACAAAAGCAGGGGCUGACAAAUGCAAAAGACUCUACAAAUCAAUGGAACCUAUUGAUAAAUCUUAUAUAUAAAUAUAUAUAUAUCUAUACCAUAUGCUGCAUGUGGCACAUAAUUGUAUUUUUUUUUUUUUGGUAUGUAUACAAGAGAAAUAUACACAAAGUAUUCGAUACACGAUAGUGAGAAUCAAAUUAGUGCAAUGUAAUUAUCACCCUAAUAUCAAAGGCAAAUCAAGUAACCAAAUACAUAUUAUGCACAGUGCAUUUCAGAGCAGUGUUGGACAGUGUAACAAGAAAGAAUAGAAAUCUUGCAAGCAAACAACAACUAAAAAUGAAUAUUUCAAGUAUAUUCUACAUGUAAAAUGUAUAGAAACUGUCAAGUCAAGCUCUUACUCUGUAGCAGCGAAAGAUAACCAAGUGAAUGUGAACAAUCAAAAAACAACAAUAAGUCGAGAGAACUCAAACAAUUACCUGCUAUUAUUCCACAAAAGAAAUGUUAUCUUGAGUGUCUAUAAUAUGGAAUAUUAUGGAAUCGUCCAUAAGCUGCGC